UGCGCAGCACCUGGGUGCAGCCCACAGCCCUGGGGAGCAGUUCAGCUCUGUCACCUGGACCAUGAGGAUCUGGUGGCUCCUGCUUGCCACUGGAGUCUGCACAGGGAACGUGAACUCACAGAACACGUGCAGGCAAGGGCACCCUGGUGUCCCUGGGAAUCCUGGUCACAAUGGUUUGCCUGGAAGAGAUGGACGAGAUGGAGCAAAGGGUGACAAAGGGGAUGCAGGAGAACCAGGACAUCCUGGCGGUCCAGGGAAGGAUGGCAUGCACGGCCAGAAAGGAGAACAAGGAGCAGAUGGAAGAGUUGAAGCAAAAGGCAUCAAAGGAGAUCCAGGCUCCAGAGGACCCCCAGGGAAACAUGGGCCAAAGGGAUUUGUUGGCCCCAUGGGGGAGAAAGGCCUCAGAGGAGAGACUGGUCCUCUAGGGCAAAAGGGGGAGAAAGGUGAUGUGGGUCCCAUCGGCCCAGCAGGGCUAAAGGGCAGCAGUGGACCUGUGGGCCCAACCGGUUUGCAGGGCCCCAUAGGCCCCCUUGGAAAGCCGGGUCCCAAGGGAGAUGCUGGGCCCUUGGGACCUCAAGGUGAGCCAGGAGCCCGGGGAAUGAGAGGCUGGAAAGGCGAUCGAGGGGAAAAAGGGAAAAUUGGUGAGACUCCAGUCUUGCCCAAAAGUGCUUUCACUGUGGGGCUCACUGUGCUGAGCAAGUUUCCUUCUUCAGACGUACCCAUUAAGUUUGACAGGAUCUUGUAUAAUGAAUUCAGCCAUUAUGAUAUAGCUACGGGAAAAUUUACUUGCCACAUUGCCGGCGUCUAUUACUUCACCUACCACAUCACUGUGUUCUCCAGGAAUGUGCAGGUAUCUUUGGUCAAAAAUGGGGUAAAAAUACUGCACACGAAGGACAGUUACAUGAGCUCUGAGGACCAGGCCUCUGGCGGCAUUGUGCUGCCGCUGAAGCUGGGGGACGAGGUGUGGCUGCAGGUGUCCGGAGGGGAGAGGUUUAACGGUCUGUUUGCGGAUGAGGAUGAUGACACCACUUUCACAGGCUUCCUUUUGUUCAGCAGCUAAUGAUGGGGAGUGUUUAUUAAUCUGCCUUGCCACCCAUCAGAGUUAGCUCUGUGAAGAUACAAUAGAUGGUUUUUCUAUAUUAAUUACUCUCAGUAUUGUAAUUAUCAUAAAAAGGUAAAAAUAGAAAUGUCAUUCUUAAAACCAAUUCUAUGUAAUUUGCUAUCUUCCUUAGAGUAAAAUUUUAAGUAC